AUGAUUAGAUCCUCUGCUGUGAGAGCUAUCCGUAACAAGGCAAGCGUGGCCAGUAUAGACAGGAUCAGCGAGUUCCCAGCCGAUGGAAGGAUCUUCUCCCUUAUUCAGCCCACAGGCAAUAUUCAUCUUGGAAAUUACUUAGGCGCCCUCAAGAACUGGAAAGAUGUCGCCAAGAGGGCACCAGCUACUGUUGAUUGUUUCUACGGCACAGCAGAUCUCCAUUCUUUGACUUCUACGCCUAAUCCAGAUAAACUUAGAGAAAAUAGAAACAACGCCAUCGCCAGCUUGUUAUCGCUGGGUCUUGAUCCUCACAGAUGCGUGAUUUUUCACCAGUCCAACAUCCCCGAACAUGCCGAACUUAAUUGGAUAUUGGUAUGCUUGACGAGUAUGGGUGCUCUUAAUAGAAUGACGCAAUGGAAACUGAAGGCGAAUAUCAAUGACUCUCAGACGAUUUACACGGAGAAGGUAAUGGGUCAGACGAAGGCUGGACUUUUGUUAUACCCUGUGCUUCAGGCAGCUGAUGUCUUGCUUUACAACUCUACUCAUGUUCCUGUUGGAGACGACCAGAGUCAGCAUUUGGAGUUAUGCAGAGGCAUUGCUUCGACUUUCAACCAUACGUACGGGAACUUUUUCAAUAUUCCUCAGACAUUACUCACGCCAGCGAAGAAGAUCGCCAGCUUGAGAAACCCAGAAAAGAAGAUGUCCAAGAGUGAUCCUGAUCAGAACCUGUCGGUCUACAUGAGCGAUGAUGCCGAUACUAUUGCUAAGAAGUUCAGGAAGGCUGUCACAGACUCUGUCCAAGGACCAGUCACAUUCGACCCUGCCAACAGACCAGGUGUUUCCAACUUGGUUAAUAUUAUCUCGGGAGUGUUGGACAAGAGCAUUGAGGAGACUGUGAAGGAAUUGCUGUGGGUGGAGAACCACAAGCAGCUUAAAGACUACGUCACCGAAGUGGUCGUUGAAGAGUUCAAAGACAAGAAGGUGGAGUACGAAAAGUUGGUGAACGACAAGGCAUACUUGGCCGAAGUGACUGAUUUGGGUACCAAGAAAGCACGGGAGGUGGCUACCCAGAACCUCCAGGAGGUAAAGAAGCUUGUGGGGUUAGCUUAA